AGUCAAGAUAGCGGUCACAGAUUGUGUGGGCAAAUGCUAAUCAGUAUAAGCUAGCCACUCCUCGGUCACAGCGCUUUUUAGGGGUAUAUAAGAACAUAAUAAGUAAUGACCUGGCCCACGUCAGGAAAACUGAUAUGGGCGGUCCUGCUGUGUAUGGCUGUGGGUGCCACGGGCGUGAGCGGCGGAGAAGGCCCUGAGGAGGACGCCCCCUGGACCCUGCACCCGGCGCAGAUCAAGCGGAGGCUGGAGCGCUACGGCGACCCUAUGAAGAAGGCUUCCCGUGGGAUUCCGAGAUUCCUGGUUGAGGAUUCCGACGAGGACGGCGAGGCGGAGAAAAAAAACGAUGUUUCAUGGAUCGAGGGAAUCUACCUUCCUCUCAGAGACCCGUCAUUAGUGCCCAGCGAGACGUGUCGAAACGAUGUCGACGCUAUUUUGAAAGUUCUGGAGUCCCCUAUCCUGUCAUGGAUCAUCAACAGCGAAAUGCGGUUCUGGAAUUUAUUUCUGGUAGACUCCUGGGGCAAGACCGGCGACGGGAUCCUGGACGGCAACUUCCUGCUAUGGGGAAUGCCGCCCGAAUGCACGAUGCUGUACGUCAGCGAGUACCUUCCUUCGUGGGACGUCAACACCACUUUCUCGGGGCGCUACUGCCUCGUUUACACGGAGAGCCUCUUUGCCGAAGAAAACGAGCCGCUCAUCGACGGACCAGCAACCCGCGUGGGAGCCUCAAUGACCAACAGCGGCUUCCCUUCGUUCUUCCAGUUCGGGACCUGCAUUCCCUCCAGCUGCACCGCCGAGGACAUGAUGGCUAGCCUCAACGUAACCAUGCACGCCGGCGGGAAAAAACCCAGAUACGUAGACUGUUUUGAGGGGAAAAAACUCGAUGGUGGAGACAUUGCGUACAUCGUAGUGCUGUCUGUCCUGGGGGCCCUGAUGGUGGGUGGCGCCCUUGCUGAUUGGCUCAUUGGAGAAAAACAGGAGUUACGGGAGGGUCCUCUUCGCUUUCUACUCGUGUUCUCUGUCUCCAGUAACCUGAAGAAAAUAUUUCAGAUAAACGACAAACAAAGUCCCUCUGUGAUUACUUGUCUACAUGGCAUGAGGGUGUUGAGUAUGACAUGGAUCUUAUGGGGCCAUGCUCUCGGCGUAAAAUUGGCAGUCGCCAAAAAUGUCAUCGGCGCGCUCAGGCUGACGAGCAAGGUGAUAGACCAGACGUACGUUAACGCGACCUAUAGCGUGGACACAUUUUUCUUCAUAAGCGGCCUGUUGGUGGUUUACGGGGUCUUGAGGGAGCAGCAGAGGUCAGGCAAGGUCAACUGGAUAUUGUUCUAUGUCCAUCGUAUUAUCAGGCUCCUCCCGUCCAUCGCCUUGACCGUCGGGUUGGGAGCGACGCUUGCAAAAUUUGCGUUGACUGGACCAUUCGGCGGGGAAGUUCAACGCAGCCUCGUGGACAACUGCAGGUCCUACGGCUGGAGGGACAUGCUCUUCGUUACCAACAUUGAUAUGACUGCAGUUUGUCUAGGCCAGUGUUGGUAUACGUCAGUCGACACACAAAUCUACAUUUUCCUUCCUAUCAUUCUUAUUCCGCUGAUUUGGAAACCGAUAAUAGGCGUCGCGUGGAUGGCGUUCGUGACUCUCGUUUUCUUCUGUGUAACUCCGAUAACAAUUGCAGUUGCUCACACUCUACCAGAUGGCGUCAAUUUCGUCGCUCCGGAUUAUGAUGCUAAUAUGGAGUUCUUCACUUACGAGAAACCCUGGUGUCGUGCCUCAGCCUACCUCGUGGGCUGCUGGGCGGGGCUGCUCAUCUUCAAGACGCAGAACAAGAAGAUCAAGAUGACCAUGUGGCAAGCCUUGCUGGGUUGGCUUGUGGCGGCAGCUAUAGCGUCCUCGGUGCUCUACGGCGUCACGGACUACAACAGCUUGGGCCGCGGCGACGACUACUUCUCCAAGCCCUUUCCCCUGUGGCUGGCGGCGCUGUACGGAGGCCUCAGCAGACCGGCCUGGGCGCUGGCGCUGCUGUGGCUCGUGUUCGCCUGCCACACCGGAAACGGGGGAAUCAUCGACGAAUUCCUCUCCCAUCCUUCGUGGCAGCCUCUUAGUCGCCUCACCUACGCCAUCUACCUCGUGGGCAUUGUUGUGCAGUUGAUGUACAUCGGUUCUGUGGAGCUGCCCCUCUACCUCGACCAUACUAGCACGAUCGUAGAGACAACCGGUUAUCUUUUUAUCGGUGGAUUAAUCGCUCUUUGGCUUUCGCUCGCCGUUGAAGUUCCUGUCAGUAGACUGGAGAAAUUGCUGUUUCGUCGUCAAGCUAAAACUGAUGAAGCAUCGAAGAAAGAAUGAAGUGGACCAGAGUUCAUUAGUGAUUUUGUGUGUGUGCGUGUCAACUGUGCAUGCCGUUUUUACAAGACAGAAACGGUCAACUUUUUUUUUCGAAAGCGUAAUGUGACUUUAAUGCCAACAUUAAAACAUGCAGCUGGUUUUCA